AUGCUCCGGACAAUCAUCGUGGAGGGUGCCUGUCAGUGCCUUGAAGAUGUCCUUGAGCAUCCCUCGAAGGCUGUUGGAGCUUUCAAUGACUUGCUUACACUCGGCGAGGUACGUCGUAUCAUCGACGAGGACGAGGUGGAAGACGAGGAAGAGGAGCGAAAGGAGCACACGGGGUACGGGGUCGGGAAGCUCGUCCCAACGAACCCAGAUGCGCCCAACGCUCUGCAACCCUUAGAAUCUGCUGUCCCUCUGCGUCCCUGGUCUGACGAAAAGGACGACGGACAGCAGGAAGAAGGCACAACAGGUUCAUUCUCAAACGCAGAGCCCGCUGCUCCCAGAGCCCCGCAGUUCGUCAUGAGAGCGAAAGCCGUUGCGCGAACAUACCGUACAUCGGGACUCCUGUAUCGGUCAUGA